AUGGAAGACGGAUAUGAUGGCACGUCAAGUGGCGCCAUCUGUGGGACCCUGCAACAAACUGUCGGCACAAGCACACGAGCAGACAAAGCAAGUCCCGUUGCGAGAAUGCAAAACCUAGAAGGCCCAGAAGCAACCCUACAGGUUUCUACUGUGGUAAGACAUCAGAACAUAGUCACCAGAAAGUUUUUCAGCGACGAAAGAACAGACUUACAAGGCAAAACUACAGAAGAAGUGGAGUUAGACGAAUUCGAAGCAUUCCAAAGUUUUAUAGCCAUGAGAAAGUUGCAAAGUGAAAAACGACUCCAAAAGGAAAAGGAAUGGGAUCGUGUUUCGGUCCACACAGACCAAACGGAAGAUUCCAGUGAAGAAUAA